AUGGAGAUACCUCCGAUCUAUCGCCCUAUUCCUCGGCGAGCCUUCGAAAUAACGCCAGCCUCAAGCGACUCAUCGUACCCUCCCUCGCCUGCUGAGACCACGAACCCGGAGCUGCUCUUGGCCCAGAAGUCCGAUGCCUCCCCUAGUCGAACUCGGUCUAUACUGAACCUCACCUCUUCCACGUUACUCGGGAUAUACUCUCCCGUUAGCGGCGAUGGAGCUCGGGAAGAAAUGUCGACACCCUGGGGGACUGGUGCACAGACUCCCGCAAAGAGGCGAAGCGUAGACGACUAUGACUACAAACCUACACCGGAACCUACGAAGGCUAGGCCGAAACUGAAGAGAAGAGGAUUUCGUGGCUAUGUGGUGCCUCUCAUGCUGCAGACGAUGCUCUUGUGCGGAUUCGGCAUUGGCUAUGGCUCCAUCAUCACCCAUCUUCACAAAACGCAACGAAUAACUCCAGUGCCCGUGCCAGACGUUGACCGGAGCACACUGUCCUAUCAAAUGUUAUGGGGCCUUUUUGGCGUUUUGCUAGGAAACGCAUUGCCGGUUGUUGAUUCUUUGUGGGAAAACUUCGUCUCAUCAGAUGCCAGGUCAGUUCCUACCAAGGCAGCCUCAGCCAACGGGGUAGGCUCAGCUUCAUCGUCGGAGAGUGGACUAGGUCCAUUGUGGUACUCGGCGGUCAGGAGCAUGGGUGUCUUUGUAGGGAUUGCAUUUGCGGUGCGACGAAUCCCUUGGCAAUCCACGCUGCAGGUUGCCUUGACGUUAGCGUUGGCAAAUCCGGUAUUAUGGUAUCUGAUUGAUCGAUCUUUACCCGGUCUAGCCUUUUCAGCAGUUGUCAGCAUCGUUGGUACGAUGGUCUUGCUGGUUUUUGACCCAAACUUCGUCCCGGUGCCAGCAAUCCAUCAGCAGAUGGCGUCUGAAAAAUUCGGAGUGUACACAUGGCUAGCGAGCAUCCUUUUCUGCACCAGCAUCUGCUUUGGAACCAUAGGAAGGCGACUACAACUAUGA